GAGGGAGGGAGCGCGGAAAGUUUGCUGCGGAGUCCGCGGGCGGCGGCGGCGAUGCCGAUGCCCGUGCUGCGCGGAGCGCUGGGGCUGGGCGGGCGCCGCCGGCCUUAGGGGCAGCGAGAGCGGCGCGGGGCCCGGCAGCGGGGGCCCGGCAGCGAGCCCCCGGCCCGUCCUGUCCUCCCCUCCCCUCUCCUCCGGGCGGCGAGGAGGAAGCGCCCCGGGCAGGGACGGGAAAGCGGCGCCGGCCGGAGCGCGGGGAGGGGGAGCGGCACCGCGGGGACAGCCGCCGCCGGCAGAGCCCGGGGGGAAAGAUGAGCUUGUUGUCAGCCAUCGACACCAGCGCCGCGUCCGUCUACCAGCCCGCCCAGCUCCUCAACUGGGUCUAUCUCUCGCUGCAAGACACGCACCAGGCCAGCGCCUUCGAUGCCUUCAGACCCGAGCCCUCCUCGUCCCAGCACCCCGACCUCGGCUACACCAAGAGCACCCCGGAGCUGGGCUCCUCGCUCAGCUCCAGCUAUCUCAACAGCUUCUUCCAGCUCCAGCGGAGCGAGGCUCUGAGCAGCAGUCUGUACAAGAGUGCAUCACCUUAUGGCUCUCUCAAUAACAUUGUGGAUGGGUUAAGCUCCCUCACUGAGCAUUUCUCUGACCUAUCCCUUUCUUCAGAAGCCAGAAAACCCAGCAAGAGGCCACCUCCUAAUUACCUGUGCCACCUCUGCUUUAACAAGGGACACUACAUCAAAGACUGCCCACAGGCUCGUCCAAAAGGAGAAGGCCUGACUCCAUACCAGGGCAAGAAACGCUGCUUCGGUGAAUAUAAGUGCCCCAAAUGCAAGAGAAAAUGGAUGAGUGGAAACUCCUGGGCUAACAUGGGACAAGAAUGUAUCAAGUGCCACAUUAAUGUUUAUCCUCACAAACAGAGACCCCUGGAAAAGCCGGACGGCCUGGAUGUUUCAGAUCAGAGCAAAGAACACCCCCAGCAUCUGUGUGAGAAGUGCAAAGUUUUGGGCUACUACUGCCGCCGUGUGCAAUAAACCUUCGAAGUGGCCUCUUCCUGUCCCCAUCAUCCUUAAAGAUCCUCUGGCAGCAUGUGAUCAACAGCACAGCAAAUCAAGAUAAAAGCUAAAAUAAUUGCCAAUAUUGCCUAUCUAAUAAUAUGCCUUACCUUUAAUAGAAUGUAACAUUUCUCCUGUGCAUGCACACACAUGCACCAGGGAUUUACAGGACUAUGAUUUAUAUACAUACAUAUAUAUGUAAAUUUAUAUAUAUAUAUGUACACACACAUACAGAAAGCGUUACUGAUAGCGUUCACAACAGAACCGUGGUUGCAGGUUCUGCUGAUUGUUUACACAGACCCUAUAUCAUGGCCAGGUGAAAUGAAGUACUAUUCAAUAGGCAAGGUAUAAUAUACACAAAGAAUAUAUUUUAUAUGUAUGGCUUUUGCAGAGGUUAAAUAACUGUGGGGCCACUAAUUGCAAGCAUCCACCCACAACAUGAACGUUAUUCCUAUUAUAUGACAAGACAAAGGAAGAUGAAACAAGCCACAGCGUAAAAGAAGGUAAAUUAUUGUUUUCCCAGUUUUAGAAAGUCUAAGAGUUUUGUGCUGCUGAUUUCUUGGACUUUCUCUGUUUGUUACCAUCACUUGGACAGGGUUUAGGCAAAAUCAUUUUUGCAGAAUGUGGCAAAAAAAAAGUGAAUAAUUGUUUGAGGGUGUGGGUUCAGUAGAAAGGGAAUGCCAUAAUGGGACCCAGAGCAUCAGGAAGGAUUCCAAGAGGUUUUCGGAGGAGACAAAACUGGCUUGCUUGUGCAACUAACAGAUCCUUCUCUUGUCAUAUAAUCCCACUGAAAUGGUCCCUGUAUGUGUAUGGGUUGUUCAUUAGGCCACAAGCACAUUAAAUUUACUGUGAAUAAGGGGGGAUAAGAAUACUUAAAACUGUCCCCAAAACCCGUCAUUGAAAGAUUAGCCAAACUUACUAUUUAUAAUAGUUUUAAAGCCACUUUCUGGAAAUAUUUUUAUGUCCUGUUUUCUACUGUACAAAUUUGUUAUAUAAUAUAAAACUUGUUAGCCAUAGGGGUGUUUUGAGGCAUGGAGAACUCUCUGUAUAAUCUUCCCUCUUUGUCUUCCUGAAGCACCUGCAUACCUGAGGAGAAAUGUAGGAGUUGUAUUUCAUUGUCCCAUUUCAGGUAAAACUUUGUGCAGGGGCAUCCUGCUGCAAAGACAUAUCUCAUCAGGGAUUGGGAAAUAUCAUGAACUCAGAGUACCUCGAGACAGUACCCUGUUUGGAUGUCUGCAUAGAAGUACAUUGGCAAAAAGGACACAAGCAAUUCACUUGCAGCAUUCGCUAAAAAAAUUACAGGGAUAAUGUUUCUUUGAGAUUUUUUUUUUUAAUCAACAAUUUCUAUUUUUAUGAAGUUUCCUUUAGAGGGAUUGAUCUGUGUGAAUGAUAUGUAGUGGAAAUACUUUAAAUCCUAAAUAACUUGAUGCGAGUUAAAUUUGUUUUGAGGAUUAAUUCCAUAACGCUAAGACAGAAUGGGGUUUAAUGCCAAGCAAUAGCAGGAUGUUACCAGUAUGUACAGUCAAGUUUUUGUAAAGCAAAUUGAAAACUUACAGUGAGCAUUCAUAUAGGAAAUGUGAAGCUCUUUACAAAUUUGCUCUAGGGUGAAACUUCCACCAUUUCCCUGCUUUGCUAUAAGCAGUGUAAAAUUGUUUCUGCUUAUUCUGGUUGUAGUGUCAUGUACAUAUCUUGCAAACUUCAUUAUUUAUGGGUAGCCCAGGUGACCCAGCCAACCGGUUGAGCAAUGGAUAAACAUUGGGACUCCUGGCUUUUGACCACAGCUCUUCCAUUAGCUCCCUGAUUUUGGGCAAGUCACAAGAUCGUUCUGAAUCUCAGUUUCCCCAACUGCAAAAUGGGGAUAAUAAUACUUCAGUAUACCUACCUCACAGGAGAGUUGUGAGGCUUACUUAGUAUAAGUGUUUUGACAUCACUGGAUGAGAAGUGCUAAGUAAUGCUGAAAUAGCAUUAACUACAUUGAUCACUUCAAAACUAGUUUUGCCCAGUUGGCAAUUCCAUCAACUAAAAUAGUUGAAAAUAAUAUUAUUGAAAGUUAACACUAAUAACAGUUCAGUUGCCUCAAUGAAGAUAUGCAGUCUUAACAUUUUCAAAUGGAAACACAUUCUUCUGCACAACUCUGAAAUUACCUUAGAGACAAAUUCUCUAAACAAAAAACUAAUCUGCCCAUACAAAUAAGAAUAAGAAAAAUACACAGGCAAAUCUAGGGGUGGAUUUUCAAAGCUUGAUCUCUAGUAUUAAUCUCAAUAGUUUGUUUCAGGCAUGAGUAAUUUUGAAAGAGCCACAUACUAAACCAGAUCUAUUUUUAACUCCUGAACACUUAAUAGUACAUAAAAAAAAAAAAAAAAAAAUCACCUUGAUGCUUCACAUCCAGCUAAAGGACAUGUAGAGAAACCCUCUUAGAUGAAGGUAAGGGACAAUGUUAUUUUAUUUGCUCCCUGAAACAAAGAAACUGCUAUCAACCAUUUUUUGUUGUGUCAAAAUAAUUUCUAUUUUAUGAUAACCACUAGAUCAGUAAAAUAGCUCAUCCCUUGAUAUAGCUACAUCAAUAUACAGCACACCACCGGGUUCUGAGCAAAGGCCAAUUACAAGAUAUUAUCAUAUGCAAUUGUUGCUAUUCUCAUGACAAUGCCCUGUUAAAAACUGUUUCUCCAGAUUCAACACUGCAUGGCAAUGCCUUUAGCUUAUGGAUUUUUAGGUUGUACUAAAAAUACACGCGAUUGACUUUACCACAGUUAAUGUCUAUAGGUGUAGUAUAAUAAUUCUUAAGAGCAUACUUACGAGUUCAAUAUUUGUAUCACUGAUACUUUCCUAGGCAGCAGACAUAUAAAGUAUUUAAGUAAUAGUUAGCAUAUUUGCAGUAAAGAGGAGAACUGGUUUUCCCCUGCACUCACGCAGGGUAAAAGCAGAUAAAGACCAAAAUGGGCAAAGCAAGAAGCAACAUUGCCGUAGGUUGUACUGCCUGACUCAGAGACCGCAGAUCCAUCCCGGUGCAGGGCACGGGUGCGAUCAGGCCCUGGGCACCCCAGGAACGGGAGCAGCCUGCUUUCCUUGCCACCCCUGCCGAAAGCGGGGUGAGGAGGGACAGCGGCCGGGGCUCCCCGGGGGGAGACCACAACCCUCUCUUCCCCGCAGCCGUGGGACUGAACGGCCACUUCCCCCCAGCCCUGUGGGGCAGCCCCUUGUUUUCUGUCCUCGCCACACAGGGCUGAAACCUCAUCGCCCUAGAGAGGUGGCACCUGGGGAAGGCAGCAGCGCCCAGCUCGCAUGGGGGGAGCCUUCCCCUGUCCCUCCCUGCAUGAGGCUGGUUCCUAGGAUUGUAGCAUUUGGCCCUGGGCAUUUGCUCCACACUCAUCCGUAUAGAGUUUGUGGGUUGCUGGCAAAACACAUCCACAUAGGUAAUGUACAAUAGCUUAUGACCAUUGGCUUUGAGUUAGUGGCACAGAAAGGAAAUUACUGAAGUUUGAUUUUAAAAAAGAAAAAAAAAAAAAAUUGAUCACAAAAUGCAGAUUUUUUUUCUCUUCCCCUGCCCCCCCAAGCAGGUAAUUCAUCUAUAGACCUAACUCUUUCCAGAUUGGAAAAACCUUAAAAAAAAAAAAAAAAAAAAAAAAUCAGAUUUUUGAAAAGAAACUGGAUGAGUUGAUUUACCUCUUAGAUUUUUCUGAAUGCUUUCUGAUGUUCUCUGUAACCAACUCUGCAUUUAGAACAUCAGCUCAUAAUCUUUGAAGGAAUUUUUAGACCGUCUUACCAGAAGCAAAGCAAGCAUCACUAAAAAGAGUUUAAAUAAAUACAGGCCUCCUAAACUGAGUAUUCUGUAGAGGAGUACCCGAAAGAAAUUUGGCUCUGUGCUUUUAUUUGGCAAACUGGGCUUUUAACAUCAGAUGCUUGCUGUUGCCUGACUACCAAUUCAUCCAGCACACACUUGGUUUUUUUCUUCUUUUCCCCCAUCUUUAGAGAUUUUUAAACUUUCUUUUAUUUCUUAAAAAAAAAAAAAAAAAACCAACCAAACAAACAACUAAACACAUUUUGUUUCCUCAGUCGGUCAGAGCAUUUCACAUGGAAUUUGUCCUUAACAUUGGCACUGCUCUAGGGAAAAGUAUCAGUGAUUUGAAAGGCAUGAUGUAGGUUUUUAGCUGCUUUAUCUUGAUGCAGCUCCUAUGAAGUUGUUACAAAUACUUCAUUUAAUGGUGAUGAAGAAAAAUCCCUGUAGAUUAAACUACGUCCCCAAUUUAGCCAGUUUCUACUGCUGCUACCACAGACAUAAAACAAUGCCACACAAGCAAAAUUUGAGGCCUUUUUGUCUCAAAGUUGCUUUUUAAUUUCAGAUAAAUACACAAGAGUAUAUAUUAUUUCUGAAAAUAGGUGUAUUUUGAAGUUCCCCAUUAUAUGGGACUUAGUUUGUAAACUAAAAAUGUGAAGUUAUGUGUGUCUGAGAGAAGCCUUAUACCAAGAAGUAUUCUCUAUAUUUUACCUUUUUGUAUAAGGUAAAAUUUAGAUUAUACAUGGAUCGCAUACCUGUGACGCUCUAGCAGUUAUUCCAAAAAUAAAAGUACUUAAAACAUUAAAAGUUAAGAGCUUUUGAAAGUGUCAGACUUCAUAGAUUAGUUCUCUUUGUCCUGCAAUCACACUGAAUUUAUUUUUAUCCUAGUAUGGAUCCUAAGAGUUGUCUACUGAACAGUAUGCAAUAAAUCAUCAACAUGUGUUUUUCAAGUUAAGUAAAUUGACAUAUAUUUUCCACUUGCCUUUACCAACAUAUUUUAAAAUGUGAUGGAACUAUUCCCAUACAAAAAUCAUUCUUAAGCUAUCACUCCACUCCUGAUUGGGCUUCAACCCAUAACUCUUUCCUAUCUGCAAAACCACUGCUGUCCAUUCAGUUUGCUACAUUGCUGAAGUGCUCAGAGGGCUGUUGGAGAUCUUAGAUAUAGGGAUGAUGGUUUGUGUUUCUAGGAUGAAUUUCAAAGGGACAAUCGUGUGCAGUUACUAGCUAUAGAUGAUUGAUAUAAAUGUUUACCCCUGUAUGAAGUAUUUUACAGUUUUACUUGCAGAUGUGUAUUUAUCUUGAGUUAUACUUGACAUAGAGUUUCUUUCAAUUUUUUUUUUAAUACUAUGUGUGUAUUUUGGAAACCUUUUUAGAUGUUAAAAUUUUUGAAUGGUUACAAAUAUUUCUUGUAAUACUGAAUUGUUAUCUGGAAACUCUUUGCAGUAACUUUUUUGUAUAUAUUUGAGGGCCUUUUAAAAAAAAAAAAGUAUUGUUCGUUUUUUUGGGGGAAAAGUUUUUACAAUUUGGAAGCUUUCAAAAGGGCCUUCCUCUCAACUAGGAUACUAACAGAGGUAAGAGUUUUCUUAAGUAUUUUACAGAACUAAGGAUGUAUCCUCAAGAAAAUAUUUAUGGAAGUAAUUUACUUUUUUUUUUUUUUUUUACAAUGCUUUUGUCUGUAUAAAGUAUGCAACAGAACUACAUUAAGAAGGAAAUAUUGUCUACAUAAAAUAUUAUAUGAAAGUUGGUACAUAAUUCUGACAAAAAAACCUUGCAAUUCUUUAAGCCAUAUUGUUUUUGUUAUCCUUGGAUGAAAAUAUCAGUAUUAAGUAACCAAUAUAUUAUUCAAGUGCUUAGACUUAUAUGAAAUUGCUUACACAGUUUAUUUAUGUGUAUUUGGGGAAGGAUUGCUAGAAAAAGCUAUCACUAGACAUAUAGCAAGUGAGGAGCAAAUAACAGUAUAAUGUCACUUUAUGGCCUUGUGAGAGACACGGAAGAUGCUGAAAGCACCGUAGAGACUCGGCUUUCAGAAACUCCGAAGCACAAGCGUUGGGUUUCAAAUGGUGGUUCUUUCCCAUAACCAGAUGGGGAAAGAGCUGGUUGAGACACUGUUUGACAACUCGACUUUCACAACUCUUUGCAGACUGUGAGCUCAGCUAUGCAUUAUUGGCUACAGCAAUAAUAUCAAUCAAAGGAUGUAAGAGAAAAGGAUUGAAGUAGAUUAUUGUAGGGGGUUAUGUUUAUUUUAAUUAGAACUCAUAGCAAUAUAGAAUAUGCAUGUGCACGUAUUUGAAGCAUUUUUACACUUUACAUUUCAUGUAGUUUGAUUAUAUUAUGAAGGAUUGGGUUUUUAGUUUGAUAUUUUACCAUGCUAAAAUGGGAGGUCUACCCAACCCUAUACUGGAUUCUUGUUUCCUUUAAAAGGUUAUUUAGUACAGCACCCACUGCGUUGUGUACUAGUGCUAAAACUAACACUGUAUGUUAUGAGUUUCUUCAGCUUUAUAAAAAUUAACCUAAUUGUUAUUACAUUUGUUUAGCUGUACCCACUGACCUUGUCAGAUUCAGUUGGUGAUUUGUAUAAUUUCUUUUUCUGUAACUGUUAAUAAACUUGUACAGCUAAAACAAACAAACAAAACCUAUGGACAAAGGCCUCAGAGGUACCAGUUCUGCUUCAGCAAUCAAGAUGACAGCUUGCUCAUCUGGUGACUAUGUUGCUAAAGAGACUGUAAAAACCUCUGUUGUGGAUUGUCCAUAAAAUGGCAUUCCGACAUGUGCCUUAUUUGCUGGAUAGUAUACAGCUUUCUUCUAGUAUUCUAGCAUUUUAAUGCUGUAUUAAAGUACUGCAAAAAACA